ACCUUUCAGAUACUAGUGAGGGAGUCAGUUGGGCUAUUCUGUCGGGGGGUCCGUCAGCCCAACUGUUCCUAGAAAAAAGGCUUAUUGUAUCUUGCUAGCCAUCUGGGAGACCAUGGCUAGCACCACGAUUUUUCGCGGGCCGUUGCUGAUGGUUUUGCUGCAGGUUUUCGUGAUUUGCUCUGCUCAAAGAAACCAGGCUGGUCCCCGGGGCCCCCCCGGCCCACCAGGUCCUGCAGGUGUACCCGGAAUCGAUGGCAUUGCUGGUGACAGAGGAGAUGAAGGCGAGGACGGCCCCCCUGGUCCAAAUGGGGAUGCUGGAAAACCCGGAUCUUCAGGAUUACCAGGACUUCCCGGUGCUGAUGGUCUGACAGGUCCCGCAGGAGACGAAGGGCCAGACGGGCCUUUUGGACAGAAGGGUGAACCUGGAAAAACUGGACCACGUGGAGAAGCAGGUGUUGGCCCCGAUGGACUUCCUGGGACACCUGGACCAGGUGGGCUUCCUGGGGAGCAGGGCAAGGUUGGGCCCCCGGGAGCCAUGGGUGUGAGGGGGCCACAAGGGCCACGGGGCCCCACCGGGCCUCGAGGAGCUGCAGGAAUGCGUGACAUCAGUGCUGAACUGUGUCCCAAUGCCUGCGCCCCUGGCCCGCCCGGUCACCCUGGGUUGCCAGGUAUGAAGGGUCAUAAAGGUGUAAAAGGGGAUGGUGGUGAGCCAGGGAAGCAAGGACACAAGGGUGAAGAGGGAGACCAGGGGGGUCCGGGGGAGGUCGGAGCACAAGGGUCUACGGGUCCCCAGGGCACAAGGGGAAUCACAGGGAUGAUGGGGGCCAAAGGUGAAAUGGGAGCCCGGGGCCACGACGGGGAGCCAGGGAUACAGGGAGUCAUGGGAGCCACCGGGGACCACGGCCAGAGGGGUGUCAUGGGCGAGUCCGGGCCAAAGGGUGAUCAAGGUCUCCAAGGGCCACGCGGGAUCACUGGACUUCCUGGGCCCAAAGGAGGCGGAGGAUUGCCGGGAGUGGAUGGGCGUGAGGGGAUACCAGGAAUGCCGGGGGCCAAGGGGUCCAUUGGGAAAGCAGGAAGUCCUGGGGAGGUGGGGCUUCAGGGACUUCCUGGUUUGCCUGGCAUCCCAGGUCCCAAAGGAGUCAGCGGUGUAAAGGGCAACUCUGGUGAUCGUGGCCUCCCUGGAACGAUAGGGUCUUCUGGGAGAACAGGAGAACGAGGAGAGCAAGGGGAAGUGGGACCAAUUGGACCAAUCGGAACGCCUGGAGAUGUAGGACCACAGGGCCCUCCUGGGCCUCAAGGGAAGCCAGGCCCUCGGGGUGCGAAGGGCGAUCUGGGGCUGCCUGGACUUCCUGGACCUCCCGGUCUUCCUGGGGUGAAAGGAGAACGAGGUGAAGCUGGUCUAACUGGCCCUAAAGGCGAACAAGGGGAUCAAGGUGCAGAGGGAACCCCAGGAGACAAAGGAGAAAGGGGUGACCAAGGAGAGCUUGGAGCCAAAGGAGCGGCGGGUAACCUGGGCGAGCCGGGGAGCAGGGGCCCGGAGGGGAGCAGGGGCCAACCUGGCAUCGAGGGCCCCGCCGGGUCACCCGGGCCCCGGGGCAUGCAGGGGAACAGGGGCCUGCCGGGGACGCGGGGGACACAGGGGCCAGCGGGCAAAGAACCUAGCGAUCAGCACAUCCGACAAGUGUGUAUGAGGGUGAUGCAGGAGCAGUUGGCCCAGCUGGCAGCCAGCCUGAGACGGCCUGAGUCGGGCGCAGCCGGGUUGCCGGGCCGGCCGGGCCCCCCCGGCCCCCCCGGGUCCCCAGGCGACAGCGGCUUCCCUGGGCAGGCUGGGGCAAGAGGACUGCCUGGCCUCAAAGGGCCGCCGGGGCUCUUUGGACUGAAGGGACCUAAAGGUGAGGCGGGAGACAGAGGGGACAGAGGCAUCACAGUACGAGGAUCCAAGGGCCAGCCUGGAGCUCCUGGUCUGCCAGGAGAGCCGGGUAAACCGGGCUACGGGCGAGACGGGCGCGACGGCGAGCGGGGCCGCCCCGGCGUACCCGGACAGCCGGGCGUGCCCGGGCCCCCGGGCCCCCCGGGGCCCAACGGAUACUGCGACCCGUCGUCCUGCAACCUGCAGGCGGGGGCCCAGCACCAGUCUCUGAAGGACUCCAGCAUGAAGGGCCCCGCCGGGAACUGAGCCCGAACGCGGGCGGGCCCCGGGGACAGAACGCGGAGACUGACAGACGGACGGACGGACGGAUGGACAGACAGACAGACAGACGGACAGAGAGACAGACGGACAGACAGACAGCCCACCUCGCCUCUCACGCCAAACCGUAACGCAUUCGGGUCAUAUGGGAAGCUAAGACCCCCCAGCCUGUUACUCAAGAUUUGUUCUGAAAUAAGAUGGUGCUCCACACAUUUUCUUUGUUUUUCUGUUUUUCAGGGGUCUUUUUCCACAUGCGACAAAACCUUUUUUAUCGUCUUAAAAAUGUGCCUUAUAUGCCCAUAACUGUCUGUCCUGGUGGAAGUAGUGGUUUUAUAACACUGUAGUAGCUCCACAGCCCUUACCCCCCCCCCCCCCCCACCCCACCCCUCAUCCCCAACCCCCCCUCUACAAAGUAAGAUGUGUUUACCUCAGCUCCAGCCUUCCCCCUCCACAUCCUGUAAAAUAUUAAUAACCCCCCCCUCACCCUCAGAGAUGCUUCUCCCGGUCACCCUUAGACGGAGUGACUUUCAUUUUGGUUGUGAGUUUUGUGCUGUGCUGUGUGUCAGUGAUUCAGCAGCUCAGAAGCUAGCCGGUCUCAUCAGCUUGCACAGAAGUGACUGCAACGCCACUGUUGUAAUGUAUGAGGGCAUCACGGACACAAGCUGAACGAAGGUACAAAUGGUGUGAUUGUAUGCUGUAAAUCUAUGUAAAUGUGUGACUUGUGGUUACCCUGCAAAUUAUACUUACCUGCGCAAUGAUUUUCAUAAAGGACGUGUGGCUUUUUUGUUGUUUUUUCCUUGCAUUUCAUCAACAAUUUCACUACAUCUUGACUUUUUUGACUGUAAUCCUACUUUUGAAAAAAUACCCUGUUUCCGGGGUCACAUUUGCAGCAAGAACCAUCCAUCAGUAACAUUUUCAAAUGGUUUUCUUAUUUAUUAUAUGAAGGUCUUAGGUGAUCUAAAAGGUUGUACAAAACAGAAACAAUAAAUACAAAUUUUAAUAAAUUC